AUGUCGGACACAUACAACGCGACGCAGAACAAUGCCAACCUGACUGCCCCAGGUGCUCAGGGCAACGGCCCUCUCGAGAAGGACUACGGCAAUGGAUAUCACCUCGAUAACAACAUGGACGCAGACACCGCAUUGAGGAAGAUCCAGACUUCUGGCUCGAUCUCCAUCAGCCCAGAGCUCUUCGAGAAGAUCUACCUGUCUCCACAGAACAAGGUCGCCGGUGAUCUCAGGAAGACGUUCGGUAACCCAACGCCACUGUGCCUUGUCGGUUUCUUGCUGUGCCUCUCUCCUCUCUCCUGUGACUUGAUGGGAUGGAGAGGCGCUGGAGGCAACGGUGCUGCUAGCACUGGCGUCUUCUUCUUCUUCGGUGGUCUCCUCAUGAUCUUGGGUGCGGUCGGCGAGUUCAUCCUCGGAAACACCUUCCCAUUCGUUGUCUUCGCCUCCUUCGGUGCUUUCUGGCUCUCGUUCGCCGCAACCCUCCAGCCAUUCUACAACGCAUACGGCGCAUACGUGACCGAGCCAGGCGCGCCAGUUGCUUCAGGUCUUGAGACCCGUGGCUUCAACGCAUCCUUCGCCUUCUUCCUGGUCUUCAUGGGAGUGCUCUGCUUCCUCUACAUGAUCCUCGCCCUCCGCACGAACUUGAUCUUCUUCUUGAUCUUCUUGCUCCUCGUCCCAUCGUUCAGUCUCCUCGCCGCCGCAUUCUGGUCUCUCGCCGACGACCCAGUGGCCCGCGCUUCCGAGGCACAGACAUACGUUAUCACUGCGGGUGCUCUGACCUUCGUCAUCGACAUGCUCGGCUGGUACAUCUUCUUCGCCAUUCUGUUGGCAUCGCUCGACUUCCCAUUCCAGCUUCCAGUCGUUGACCUUUCGAGGUUCGUCAAGGGUGCGUCGUAUAAGAAGAAGAGAGAGGAGUACUCUGCUUAG